AUGGCAGCUUAUGAAGUACACGACCCGACAUUCAAGCUUGCUUUGCUUGGCGAUGCUGCUGUGGGAAAGACCAGUUUUAAAUUCCGUCACUUCACAGGGGAAGAGAUAAAAGAGCACCACUCGGUAAAUUACUGCGAGAUAUCUCAUCCACUGUCGUUUACAUUGGAGGUCUGGAGCGUGUAUUUUGAGAUAUGGGAUAUCGCCAGCAACCAAGGCUCGAUGAACAGGUUGGGAGAGUAUUUGAAAGACACCGACGCAGCCAUCAUUAUGUUUGACGUGUCGAGACGGAAGACCUGGGAGAGUGUGGUCGGGUGGUACAGGGAGCUUGUCUCUGUCAAUCAGAAAGAUAUUCCUGUGGUGGUCUGCGGAAACAAAGUUGACGACCGUGAGCGUGAGGUUAUGCCUGAAGAUAUCUCUUGGCCCGACGAGAUGAGUGGCGUUCAAUACUGCGAGACUUCCGUCAAGACGGUCUUGAAUAUCGAUGAACCUUUUUUGUGGCUUACGAGGACCCUUCUGGGUGAUCAAACGCUGGAAUGGGGAACGAACCUUUUGUGUUCGGGACUAGUAGCGCCGCACGUCGACACUGAAAUGUUGCAGAUGUACCAGGAAGAAAUGAAGAAGGCAGGGAGUAUGCCGCUUCCUGAUAAUGACAGUGAUUUGUGA